AUGGACAAACCAGUUGAAAAAUGUGCCUUCAUUAACCUGCUGUUAUUGCACCUAGACCACUGCCCCAGGCUCGUACAUGUGCUGCCCUUGUCCAUGUGGGACAAAUACACAUUGCAGCGGCUAGGGACCAUCGAGAUAGUGCACUGCGGUGACGUCAGGGAGGUAUUCCCUUUGAGCCCUGAGCUUCAAGAGCAGGAUAAAAUUCUAGAAUUCCUGAAUCUAAGGCGCAUCCACCUGCACGAGCUCCCCAAGCUACAGCACAUCUGUGGGCGUAGGAUGUUCAUGCCAAAACUCGAGACCAUCAAGCUCAGGGGCUGCUGGAGCCUUAGGCGUCUUCCUGCUGUCGGACGCAACACCAAGCCACCGAAGGUUGACUGCGAGAAGGAAUGGUGGGACAACCUGGAGUGGGACGGGUUGGAGAAGGGCCACGACCCUUCCCUCUACGAGCCAAGCCACUCGUUGUACAACAAGGCCCAACUGCCCCGAGGCACUGUACUCAGGUAAUCCAUCACUUCCGUGGAUUGAUCAUGGGCUUCUUGCAAAGCAAUAUGCAUGAUCCUGAGGCAUGGAGUGAUGCUUGCCCUGCUUCCCAUUUGAUUGGUUUGUGUUGUUCUCUCUGCAUAACAUAUGCUUUGCCUUGGUUCGGCGGUGCGGCUACCAGUUUGAUUUGAUUGGUUUGGAUUUGAUUUGGUUUGGUGUGAUCAACCUAAGCUCGAGCUCCUGAGCAAUUGAGGAAUAAAGCAGAGUGGGCGUUCAGCUUCUGCAGCUUGAGCCUCUGAGUGCUCAUGUUGUUGCGUGCUCAUUCUGUGUGUGUGGUAGUGCUUGUCACAGUAUGAAUUGUCAGGUAUGGACUUGUUGUAAUUUGUAAGCGUAAACGAUGAUGGUGAUGAUUUGUGUGUGCGGUGUUGUUUGAUGUGAUAUGGUUAUGAA